GAUCGUAUUGUGCUUUGUACCGGUGCUUGGAGCGAUUCGUUGCUCAUUCGUUGCUCAUUCGUUGCUCGACACCAAAGGGUGGUUGGAAGCCAAACGCUGGACAUUGGCCCAUAUCCAGCUCACGUCCGAGGAGUGCCAGCAUCAGAAAUAUUACCGUCGUAAUGAAUCUAGAGGAAGGUGAGUCUGCUCUCAGCCCCGGCAAGUCCUCCCACACCCUGACAUGAACCGUCCAUCACGCUCUCACGCCCAGAACCCUGGAGAUUCCAUCCCACACCAGUCACGCAGGGAGAUCAGUGACUUGCUGGCCAAGACCGAGCCGCAGUUCAAGGACCGUCCCUUUGUAACGGAGAAGGUGUGCUGGUGCACUGAUACACCCGAUUGCAACUGGCUGCUGGACGUUCAUCCGGAUAAUUCUCGCCUGGUGGUGGCCACGGGAGAUUUGGGAGUCGCUUUCAAGAUGCUACCCGUCAUGGGCAAGUAUAUAUCCAAUUUGGUGGAAGGAGUAUCGCUGGAUCCUAUGUUACAGGAGGCCUGGCGGUGGCGGCCAGACAACACAAACCACAGUCAACGAUGGGGAGGAGAUGAAAGGACCCGUGACCUUAAAGAGAUGGAAGGUUGGAGAGCGGGAGAGCACUCUGGCGAACUGGGAAGCAGCAAAAGU